AAAGUUCGGUGUUAGAAAAAUAAAAUCGCUAACCAAAAACUCGCAUUCGAACAUUUCGAAAACCCUUCUCCGACGUCAAUGGCCAGCUCACGGUUGCUCCUCCGUUCUCCAACCCUGAGAACCAUAUUUGCUGCUCACCGGAACCAACCACACCGAUCUGUCUCCACCGUUUCCCAGCCGUCUCAUCACAAUGAUCACCAACGCAACCAAGAAUAUCUCUCCCCCAAUGAUUAUCUCAACAGCUGGAAACCACCAAAGGAUCCCAAGGAGGCUCAAGCGAAGCUCAACCAGCUCCGUCGUGACUAUGCGAAAAAGGUUAAAGCGGUUCGCAAGGAGUACAUCCAUGAAAUGGAGCUUCAGAGGGUCGAGAGACAGAGGAAAGACGAAAUCAGGAAGGAAGCUCUGAGGAUUGAAAGCGAAGAACGUAAAGCUGCUAAAACCGCCGAGAAAAAGGCCAAAGCCGCUGAACGUCAGGUUGCUGAGGAGGAGUUCCGGCGAACUCUGUUAAAAGAAAGAGGUGAGAAGCUUGAAUAUCAUAAAAAGAGAGAAGAAAAGAUCAUGGAGAAGAAGAAAGGGAAGAAUGAGAUAUUGCGUCGUCAAAGUUCGAUAUGGAUCGAUGAAGAUGAGCUGGAGAAGAAGAUAGGUGCUGCCAUUACUGAUGCUACUCCCCUGUGAUUUAAAAACAUUUUUUUUUUUUUGGUUUUACAAGUUACAACUCUUGACAUAAUGGCCAACAAACUCAAGUCAUGGUUCUGUAGUGCAAGACUAACACUGUAGAUGUGUUUUAAGCUCCUUCACUACACAUUGGAGAUGAGUGAUUAUUGAUUUUGGAUUACGAACUUGGUGCUAAAUGCUAUCCAUUUUCAUUUACAUC